ACAUAUAAUAAUUGCCAAACCUUUGGUUACUAACGUUACUAACUAGCCGCUUACUAACAGAGUGUGCUAAGUCACAAGCUACAGCCAGGUGAAAGAUACUUUCCCAUACAACAACAGCGGAGCAUGGUUCAACUACCACACAGUUUCUCCAAUCUAGAUUUGACAUGGAUCGAAUCAAAACGACCGAGAUUUUUACCUGUCACCACAUUAACAGAUGUCCAGGCUGUUCGCUGCGCCGAAUUUCAUCCGAAUGGAAAAUUAUAUGUUGUCGGAUCAAAUUCGAAAACAUUUCGAAUUUGCAAAUAUCCCCAGUUAUCUGAACUAAAAAAGUUUCAGGAGGUGCAACAGCCCACUGUUUUAUUUAAACGCACAAAACAUCAUAAAGGCUCAAUUUAUUGCACAGCAUGGUCGGCGGAUGGUGUAUUAAUAGCAACGGGCUCCAAUGAUAAGACCGUUAAGCUAAUGCAUUUCAAUAAUGAUGAAACACAAUUGGAAGGACGCGAGAUAGACUUAACUAUGCACGACGGCACAGUUAGGGAUCUAUGCUUCUUGGAAGAUUCCAUAAACAAAUCUCGGCUGCUGAUAAGUGGGGGAGCUGGCAAUUGUAAAAUUUAUGUUACCGAUUGUGCAACCGCAACACCCUAUCAGGCGCUCAGUGGUCACAGUGGGCACAUUCUUUCCUUAUACAAUUGGGGUGGUGUUAUGUUUGUAUCAGGAUCACAGGACAAAACAGUUCGUUUUUGGGAUUUGCGAACCAACGAAUGUGUAAACACUGUGGCUCCAAUAACACUUCAAGGGUCUACCUUUGGCUCACCGGUAGCAUCAGUAUGUGUUGAUCCUUCUGGGCGAUUAUUGGUCUCUGGGCAUGAGGAUAGUGCCUGUGUGCUUUUUGACAUACGUGGAAAUAGACCAAUACAAUGUUUUCAACCACAUACGGCAGACAUAAGAUCGAUACGUUUCUCCCCUUCGGCGUACUAUUUACUUACAUGUGGAUAUGACAACAAUAUUGUGCUUACCGACUUGCAAGGCGAUUUAACCCUACCCCUCCCAUCUGUGUUAGUCGCACAACACAGCGACAAAGCUAUAUCAGCACGUUGGCAUCCGACUGAUUUCUCCUUCCUUUCCACAUCGGCUGAUAAAACAUCGACAUUAUGGGCAUUGCCUCCGUUUUGAAUGUUUCAUUUUAACAAUGUACCUUCCUACCAUUAAUUGAAUAUCGUCCAUACAUAUAUUAUUAUACAAAUUUCCCUACACUUACCAGUGACCCCAACCUAAUUUAAAUACUCAUUAACUUACCAUUCUAAAUAUACCUACUUAAAUUAUUGUUUACCUUUUUAUAUUAUUUAUAAAUCAAAAUAAACAUUGUACUUAAAUAUAUACACAUAUAUAUAAAUAAUUGUUUCGGAUAAAUUAACUCUUGCCAGAAAAUAAUUAAAUGCCUUAUUG